ACCUCGCUUGCGUCGGAUCGGGAAAUUAAGAAUCGCAACGUUUUUUCUUCCGUGGGAGAUUUUUAGUGACAUGUAUGAUAAAUCUCAGCAGAAAUGCAGUGAUAUAAUAGUGUAAAAGGAUAUUUUAGAAACCAAUUAUGAACUGCAUCACUGAUUGGAAUUGAAAUAUAUUAGUGCAAAUGUUCAAAACCAAAGUGGUAGUCUUAAGUGCACAACUCAAUGAUAUUUCAAAUUGCUAGUUAGUGAAACACAUUGUACCAUUUAGUCUGGAUUAACUCGCAUAUCAAUUGUUCACGUACUAAAGGAAACAUUUAACAACUUGUCAUGCUCUUAGAUUAUGUGACAUCACUAUUGUUAACACUAUCGACAGUAUGUAUCACAGGCAUCGCCGGAGAGAGCUAUCAAACCAGCCUCACCUUCAAUGACAUCCUUCCGGAAGACCCAAAGCUGUACGACAAAAUGCGCCCACCCAAGAAGGACGGCCAGCCAACCACGGUACUGUUCCACGUGACGGUCAUGGGUCUUGACUCGAUCGACGAAACCUCGAUGACGUACGCGGCGGACAUAUUUUUCGCGCAAACCUGGAAGGACCACCGGCUGAGGCUGCCGGAGAACAUGACCUCCGAGUACCGGCUGCUGGAGGUCGAGUGGCUCAAGAACAUGUGGCGGCCGGACUCGUUCUUCAAGAACGCCAAAUCGGUCACGUUCCAAACGAUGACCAUUCCCAAUCACUACAUGUGGCUGUACAAGGACAAGACGAUCCUGUACAUGGUCAAGCUGACCUUGAGACUGUCCUGUGCGAUGAACUUUCUCAUUUAUCCACACGACACGCAGGAAUGUAAACUGCAGAUGGAGAGCUUAUCGCAUACAACAGACGACAUGAUUUUCCAGUGGGAUCCGGAAGUUCCAUUAGUGGUAGACGAGCACAUCGAGUUGCCUCAGCUGGCUCUGGUCAAAAACAACACAGCGGACUGUACCCAGGUAUAUUCGACGGGUAACUUCACCUGCCUUGAAGUAGUGUUCGUGCUGAAGCGUCGGCUUGGCUACUAUCUCUUCCACACGUACAUCCCAACGUGUUUGAUCGUCAUUAUGUCGUGGGUCUCGUUUUGGAUCAAACCGGAAGCGGCGCCAGCCCGCGUAACGCUCGGCGUUACAUCACUCCUAACCCUCUCGACGCAGCACGCCAAAUCGCAGGCAUCGCUUCCGCCGGUGUCCUAUCUGAAGGCGGUGGACGCCUUCAUGUCCGUCUGUACGGUGUUCGUGUUCAUGGCCCUGAUGGAGUACUGCUUGGUGAACAUCGUUCUCGGAGACUCCGAUCCCCCGAAUCCGAAGCCGCCACCACCCAAGAUGGACCGGUUCUUCGACUUUAACGCCCCAGGGAAGAACGGGAAACGAGGCAGCAAGUCAAUAGAGAACAGCGAAACGACGACGGUGAACACAUUUCAGAGACAGGAAAGCACCUUACUAUUAUCGCCUGUUCCGCACAUUCAAACCAUCCCGCCACCUCCAUGCAAGCCUGCGUCAGCAAUCCCGAAGCUCACCCCGGCACAAAUACGACUAAAACGAGCGAUCAACAUCGAUCGAUUUUCGAGAGUUUUCUUUCCUCUGCUUUUCACGCUCCUGAACACCGCAUACUGGAUCAUGUUCUAUGAAUAUAUCUAAGAAGCGUUACAUUUUCUAACAAGGAAACUAAAGACAUAAACUUCAAACAGUUUGAAUUAAAAAAUAAAACCUUAAUACACAUUGACAAACCAUUAUUUGUGGGACAAAGCAGAAAGCAAUCCAAAAUUCGAAGAAUAUUUAGUGAACUGUAAAUUGUUGAUACACCAUGCGCCUCCAUGUGACGAUUUCAAAACUGAUAGUUCGUAAUUGGGUACAUAAAUACAAAAGAUAUUUUAGUUACUAGAUAAAGAUUGUCGCUACUGUUCCCUUUGUUCUGCUGUCCGAAACAUGUGUGGUACAUACCUGUCAAAUCGUAUGGAUUUUCCUUCUUUGACAUUUAGCUCCCCUAUCCUCGCCAGCAAAAGAUGUUCCGGACAGCGACGACAGCGACAAUCUUUAUCUAGUAACUAAAAUAUCUUUUAUAAAUACCUACCUAUAGGAUAAUAAGAAUUAGCAGAAUAGUCAUAAAAAUGAAUAGCCGACACGUGGCACAAAUUAAAGAUUACCAAUUAUUGUUAAGCACCAAAAUUACUAUCGGAAAGAACACAAAUUUAUGUACUUCUUAUCUAAUAAAUUAUUACACAAUCUAAUGAAUCAAUUGUUAAAUUUAGCUGUAGUGGAUAUUUCAUUAGUUGUCGAAUUAUGAAAAGUUCUCCAAUAUACUUAAAUAAGUGUUCAUUGUUAUAAUUGUGAAAAUCUUGAAUAUGUUCUAAUAGUUUUGUAAAUAUAAGCUCGAAUCGGCCAAUAAAUAUCUGAUUAAUGGUUAUAGUUCAAAAUGUUUUGUCUUUUCUUAUUUCCUCAGGCACGGUACACGUUGUUUUAUAUUUUUGACAG